AUGGCGUCUGGAUCGAGGAGUUCAGACUCGGACUGGAUUACAUCGGAGCAGUCCCGAGAAAUCACAAUGCUGGCGCUGAGGAAGGGCGCAGCCUUACAGAAACUAGUGAGUAUAACGAGUAGGAACUCCGCCAGCGUGAAGGCGCUGAAAAACGCACUUUUUAAAAUGAAAGUCUACGCCUUCGGAGAGGAACACCAAGCUACAAUAAGCUCGGGAGAGCAGAAGGGUUCAUUUAGAUUCUCGCAAGUACAGCUAAAGCUGCUCAGGCAGGAGCAGUUGAUGCUAUUGUCUGAAAACCAGCGCCUAAUAGACGAGCUACAAAAAAUACGGAAACUAAAUAUAAUAAAUAACAACACAGUAAUUGCGAAUAGGAACGCCAUCGCAAGCAGAGAUGGUGUCGGAAAUAACAGUUCAGAGUCGGUGGUUCAGAGUAAAACUCCUAAUAAAUCUAAGCUAUUAAAGUGUAUUGACAAGACUCUGGCUGGUGAGAACGAGGUGAAUUUGAUGAAGGUGAAGCUGCUGUAUUUCGUCACAGUUGUUGAUAAAGCUAAGCAGAGGAUACAGUUUACAACUUUAAGGAGACUUUCAGGUCAAGAUAGGGCAGGCAACUACAGUCAAUCGAACCUGUUAAACCCUCAGAGAUAUUACACCUUAACCAAAAAGGCUGCCUGUAUUCUAGUGGAACUUAUCCUCGAAAGAAAAGUUAAGGCACAACUCAGCAAUGGAUUCAAUCUCGUGAAACAAUAUAAUAGUGAGUUUAAAACUAUGAUAACAGUUAAUGUAGGAUUUAAACCUGUAAUUCCUAAUAAAGAACCGAGGCUGGGUAAUUUAAAUAGAUUAAUUUAA